AUCCUUUAAGGUUAAACAACUUGAUUAGAAUUAAUAAGGACUGAAUAAUUGGUAGAUUAUUGGUGCCCUUAAUUAAUUGCUGCAAAUAUUUAUAAGAUGCAUAACGUGUUUUACUAACCAGCUAUGUGGGUCAUUCAUGAUAAUGAAUGGGUGAAUGGUAUAUAUUGUAUAUGUACUGUUUUGCAGGUUAUGGAGUGACUAGUAUGGCCCAAAUAGGAUAGAAAAUAUGGUAUGCGCACCAUUAAUUUGAAUGUAAUUGGUCUAAUGCACCAAAUUUGUUUUUCAAUUUAAAUAUGGUCUGCGUACCAUCAAAUAGUUGUAAUUAAUUUAAUUAUAGCUUAUCCUAUUUGAAGAAAAUGGCGCCUCCCACGGUGAAAUUCAAGACGAAGUUUCCAUUUUCGACACGGACUUUGAAGUUGAAGCUUCAAGAUGAAGUCGGGCCAUACUAGAUCACAUUUAUCUUAUGCAUGCUUUAAGUUAUUUAUUGCUUUCAAUAUGUCUUAAUUAUGCAUGAGAUUGUGGCUUGAUUAUGUUGCAUGAUUAAGGAUUUUAGUUCACUUAAAAUCUAACCAACAUAGUAAAAACCUUAAGUUCCAAACUUAAAAAUUGAGUUAAAAGGUGCAAUGCCAAAGUAAACACUUGCUUGGAUAUCCUUUACAUCAAUCUAGUAAUAGUUUUCGCUCGGCCAGGUGUUACUUAUUGGUCCUAAAGGGGUAAGGUACACAAAUAAUUGUGAGUACAUGUUAGUUUUGGUGAAACUCAACGAUAUAAGUAAGGAGUUCAUUUAUGUCGUGGUAAAAUCGAUAGGUUUACCUAAUAAGUUCUUAGACGUACCUAUCAACCAAGAGUAGUUUCUAGACUAUUAGCAAAAGGUUUUUGCUUACCUAAAAGAUUUUAGAAUUGAGUCUAAAUACGUAAUGUGCUUAAUUCUUCAAUGGGUUUUAGGAUCUUGGAAUCAUUUUAUUCACACCUGCCGGAACACAUAACUUGAAUAAAAUGUUUAAUGAACAUUGAAUUAUGCAUGUAUGCUAGAAUUUAAGUUUAUUAAGAGAAACUGUGAAUGAUUAUUUAUUUGUUUAUUCUUUUCAAUUGUAGUUUUAACUAUGGCAAACAACAAUCAAAACAUCAUCAUGGGUUCUGAGCUUAUGGUCAAGCUGAACCUAACAAAUUUUCUUGAAUGGGAAGCUAAGCUAGUUGAAAUAGUCAGACUCAUUGGACUUGAGUAUGUACUGUUACAUCCUAUGCCAAGCUACUAUGCCAGAGACAUGACCCCUGAAAGAUGUUCCGCCUGGGAUGCGGAUCUCAAAAAGGUUAUGAGUCUUAUGCUGAACAAUAUCCCUGAUGAAUGGGCUAGAAGAUUUGUAGCUUAUGAACCUUUUACGCUCAUCAAGAAUCUGAGGGAUAUCUGUCGUGGAAGCAUGGAGGACAGGGACCUGAACGUCCAUGAGUUGAUUGAAUCAAUGUCUGGUCUAAAGGUUAGUUCUCUCAACAGGUGUUAUAGGAUGGAAGUCCAAGAAACACAUGUUCAGCUCCUUCACACUAAACAAAGGGUAGGCGUCCCACUAAGGUUCCAUGUGGAUCUUAUGCUUUCAUAUUUCGAUCGCCUAAGUCUGCUAGGAACACCAAUAAGCGAAAGGAUGGCAGUCUCUAUCUUGCUCAAUUCACUGCACAGUGGGUUUGGUCGCUUCAAGCAACUAUACCUAAGUGAACCAAGAGAAGAAACAGUUGCAGAAUUUGUUCACCUUGUCAGAAAGGCUGAGAUAAUACUGGACUGUGAAGCCAAAGAUUUACUCAAGGCUAAAGGGAGACCGUUUAAGAAAAGUGGAAAGUCCAAGGGCAAUGCUAAAUCAAAGCAGGACAAGUCCACAUCAAGCUGUCUUUAUUGUGAUGGAAUAGGCCAUUACAAAAGAGAAUGUCCAAAGCUAAAGGAAGAUCAGAAGAACGGAACAGUCAUUCCAUCUUCAGGGACUAAGAAGAAGUAUAAAGUUAAGCAAGGGUGAAGUCGACCUACGAGUGGGAAAUGGAGCACGGAUUGCUGCAUUAGCUGUAGGAACUUAUUAUUUGUCGUUGCCCUCUGGGCUAGUUUUGGAACUGGAAGAGUGUUUCCAUGUUCCAAGUCUUACUAAAAACAU